AUCGCGCCCAAGAUCUACUUUCCUGCUUCUCCUAAACAAACGAAUAGGCUUGUUUACACUUCAGGCUGAUUACUUGGACUGAUCCUUAUGGCUCCUCUAAAUCGAAAUCGUUUUGUCGACAUCCUGACAUCAGUCAUCCUCAUCGUUUUCUUCGAUGCAGCGCACGCUUCUUUCUGCGACACCUUCCUUGCUCAGUUUCCGAGCCGAUGUCCGAAAGUAUCAACAGUCGAGUCACUUGACCUGAACAAAUUCACGGGCGCGUGGUUCGAGGUGGGAAGCAGCGCGCUGCGCAAGUUCAGUGUGGGUAGCGGGCUGUCGUGCAACUCCGCCCACUUCUCCACGCUCGGCGCCGCUACCGACGGCAACAACGUCGCUGGGUUUAUCAAUCGCGGCCUUCGCACCGUCAGCCCCUUCCGAGCGGAUCAGGUGUGGCGCAUUUCCGCGGCAACAGGGCGCAUCUCGCGCAACCUGCGGCGAGUGUGCGAGGCGGCCGUUUACAGCGCCAGAGCGCACGCCGCCAUUCAGACAAUGCUCGUGCCCGAGGUGCAGGGGGCGGGUGGAAACGACGGAAAUGGUAGUGGGGUAGACAGCAACGAGGAUAUGUCUAGUAAUAGCAGCACGGGCAGCAGCAGCCCGUUCUCCCAGCACCCCAACGGAACUGCCAUUGCCACUGAGGCGGCAGGAGUGCUAGCAGCGUCUGGAGGCACCCUCUCACGGCAGGCUGAGGCGAUCUACUGGCAGCUCGGCGCGCUGCAGCAGCACAACGACCUCGCGAGCACGUUCAACAACCCCCAGGAGCCCGGCAUAGACGCCAUCAAGCAGGGCCUCAGAGACGCCGCUAACCGCAUCAUUGGCGCCGCUGGGAGGGCCAGGCGCGCAGGGAUGGCGGGGAGCCUGGCGGUGAUGCGGAUGCAGCUCAUGCUGCCCGCCGACAACAGCAGCGCCGCCACCAGAUUCACAUCCCGGCUCUCCGGUUCCCUCACGCGUGCAUCCAUGGAGUUGGGGCUGAGGGGUAAAGCGGGCCUGGCGACGACUAUGAUCCGCGUGCUGGCGGCGUCCGUGCUGGUUCCGUCCCUCACCAUGUUCCCAUCGCCCAUCCCCUGGAAUUCGCAGACCCAGCUGCGCAUGCGAGCCGUGCAAGACAGGAAGCAGCCAGGGAAGUUUGCAGUGAGCCUGUUUGGGUUCGCUCGGAGUAACAACUACCUGAUCAACAAGCUAGAAGGGGAUCCUUUCACCGACUACAACAUGACCACCAUUGUGUCAUGUGAUAGCGGACAGUUCUCGGUGACACUACUGUCACGCACACCUACUGUCAGUCAAUCUGACAUUGACAGCCAGCUUUCAGAGCUACAGACACAAGGCAUUGUGUUAGGGGGUGCAAACAUCUUCAUCAAGACUAAUCAAGAGGAGCUUGCAUGCACAAACAUGUGGGGAAACUGACAUGCUAGCUGUAGAAGUAACCGACACUAGCUAAUAUUGAGGGUAGCAAUAGGGUGGGGAGUGAUCAUGUUCUUAUGAUUUCCUCCAUAACACCAUUUAUGUUUGAGCCUUAUGUUUUCCUAAUGUAUCCACUUCUUGUGGUUAGGUUCAAUGUAUC